GAGUGUAAUUAGCCUUCAGAAGCAGUGAAGUGGAGGGAGCGAGCGCUUGUCUGAGUGUGAGAAUCAGGGAGACAGUUUCUACAUGACAGCAUAAAGAGCACAAAGAAGAGCAAGUUUUAACCUUAGGAAUUUUCACAUCAGACGCACACGCAUCAUUAGCCUACAUCAGCGUGUGGAGCUCUCAAUGGACACAUCUCAAACUGGGCACCUGAACUGUAUUUCUCAACUCGGAAACAUGCAGGCAAUCGUGUUUGCAGCAGCUGUGCUCUUUGCGCACGACUUCGCCGUGGCCGAACCGAAGACGAAAUGUCCAUCUAAGUGUGAUGUGAAUAAAUGUCCGAGUCCGAGCUGCCCGAGCGGGUACGUGCCCGACAACUGCAACUGCUGUCUGGUGUGCAGCCUGGGCGAGGGCGCGCCGUGCGGUCGGAAGGACGAUGCUCCGUGUGGCGACGGGCUAGAAUGUAAACUUCCACCCGGCAAGCGACUUUCCAAAGGUGUUUGCCAGUGUAAGACAACUCACAGAGUGUGUGGCAGCGACGGAAAGACCUACGGCAAUCUGUGCAAGAUGAGGGCAGCCGCGCAUAAAGCGCAACAGCGAGGGCUUCCCAUAAUAUCCCAAACGCAUAAGGGUCCAUGUGCACCAUUAAGCUCAGGUCCUGCACAUCUGAACAGCCCAAGAUACAAGUUUAACUUUAUCGCUGAUGUGGUGGAGAAGAUUGCCCCGGCUGUGGUACAUGUCGAGCUCUUCCUGAACCAUCCACUAUUUGGCCGUCAUGUACCUUUGUCAAGUGGUUCUGGAUUCAUAAUGACACGGUCCGGUCUGAUUGUGACCAAUGCUCAUGUGGUUGCUAGCAGUGCACCAGUUACCGGCCGUCAAAGUCUACGAGUGCAGCUACACGAUGGCCAGACAUACGAGGCCUCCAUCAGAGACAUUGACAAGAAAUCUGACAUCGCCACUAUCAAAAUUAACCCGAAGAAAAAGUUGCCAGUGUUAUCACUGGGCCAGUCUGCUGACCUGAGGCCCGGUGAGUUUGUGGUUGCCAUUGGCAGUCCAUUUGCUCUUCAGAACACAGUCACAACAGGCAUCGUAAGCACAACACUGAGAGAUGGAAAAGAGCUCGGCAUCCAUGACUCUGACAUGGAUUACAUCCAGACUGACGCCAUCAUCAAUUAUGGAAACUCAGGAGGUCCACUUGUUAAUCUGGAUGGUGAGGUGAUCGGAAUAAACACACUAAAAGUCACAGCAGGGAUCUCUUUUGCAAUUCCGUCAGACCGAAUCAGUAAAUUCCUUGAUGAAUCUAAUGAUAAAGAGCAGAAAGUCAAACAAAGGGUAGUCAGGACAAACUUCACACAGUCUCAAGCUAUGAAGACUGCCCCAGAUCUAAAAGUCCCCAAGAAAAGGUUUAUUGGAAUCAAAAUGGUCACUUUAACAGAGAACCUAGUCCAGGGGUUAAAAUGGUAUAAUUCAGACUUUCCAGAUAUCGGCAGUGGAAUUCUUGUCCAUGAAGUUGUCCCAGACUCCCCAGCUCAGAAAGGUGGGCUCGAAACAGGUGAUGUCAUAGUGAAGCUAAACGGCCAUCCUUUGGUCAACACUGGAGAAUUACAGGAGGCAAUUCAGGAAGACUUGCCCCUCCUUCUGGAAGUUCGGCGUGGUCAUGAUGAUCUACUAUUUAACAUUGAGCCUAAUGUCCUCAUGCAGUGACAAUGUCAGAGAUGGGAACCCGGAUGUGUGAUAUGAAGGACAAACAGCCGACUGGUACAAGUGUGCCUGAGUUUCUUCAGAUGGAUGAAAAUGUGAAGAUAGAGGAGCACAAUUAACAUGUCCUUGCAUCUGGGCUUCAAAGGAAAAAUUAGGAAGAAAAAAACAAUUAUGUACUGAACUACUUAUGACCAGUGACAUAGUUUUUUACAAAUUAAAAAAUUGUUAUGCUAUUUUACAGUACAACACCACAGUAUUACAGUGCCUUUCUUUCAAGACUGACUUGGACUGACUUUAGAUAUCAGUAAUAAUUUAGAAAUAUGAAAAAUAGGCAAUUUGUUGAUACACUUUAUACAUACGCUACUGAAUGUUUUUGCACAUAAAAUAUAUUUAUAUGAUACAUUUAUUUUGAAAAGCCAAUGCUGAUAUUGUUUAUUAGUUUGAACGCAGGCAAAAUAUUUGUACAAUGAAUAUGUAUUUUGAUAAAUGACUCUGGAAUUGUUUUUCAAAGCUGAUUUAAAGUGUCUGACACUGUUUUAGAAUUUACAAGGACUUUUAUGAUUGCAAUCAAAUAAAUGUUUAAGAUCACAUCACAA